AUGAAAUCUAUGAUCGUAGUAGCUUGCUUAGCGUUGGCGUGUGGAACUCAUGCUUCCGGUUGGGCUGGUCCCCCCGCCAACAUCGCCCUGUCCCAGGAUGGUCGCAAUAUCCUGGACACACCUGAGGUGGCACAGGCUCGCGCUGCCCACAUAGCCGCCUUACAAAAGGCCUCACAGAACAACCCCAACCCUCAAGACGACGGCUCCUACGAUCCCCGAUGGGACAACGAAGAGUACUGGCAAGGCGCUGAACAGCGCAGCUGGAACGGUGCCCCCGCCGCUUCUUCCUGGAACGGUGCCACCGCCGCGUCUUCCUGGAACGGUGCCGCCGCCGGAUCGUCCUGGAACGGUGCCCCCUCUCACCAGUGGAACGCCGCCCCUGUCGCUCCCGCGUGGAACGCUGCUGGUGCCGCACCCGCGCCAGUCGCCGAGACUCCUGAAGUUGCUCAAGCCCGUGCCGCUCACCUCGCUGCUCUUGCCGCCGCUAAGCCCGCCGGCCCCGCUCCCCAACAGUGGAACGCCCCCCGCUCCUCAACAGUGGAACGCCCCCGCUCACCAACAGUGGAACGCCCCCGCUUCCCAGUGGAACGGUGCUCCCUCAUGGCAAGGUCCCGCCGCUCAGAUCAGGCUUGCUCAGAACGGCAAUGGUAUCCUGGAGACCCCUGA